AAGCCGCGACCGCGUUAACCGCGUUGUGAUGCCACGCGCCGCCCGACGCGCACCGAGCGGAUGGACCGGGGCUGCUGCUGCGGGGACACUUUGUAGAAGAAACGGAAUGCGGCCGCGGAUUCGCAUGCGCGCGGAGUCAGUCAGUCAGGCAGCGGCAGAGCUACACGAAGAAGAGGGGGGUCGCUAUCCGGGGUGGGAGAUUUGAUGGACAGCUGUCGGGACUUUGAUCCGGACGCUGAUCGCUGUGACGAGGCUGCGCCAUGCGCCGAGGAGGAGGAGCGGCUGAGCGGGGUCUCCUGUGCCCGGGGGGGGGCGCGUGGGGGGGAAUCGUGAUCAUGCGCUUUUUGGCGCAACGUGAGGCUCGCGCCGUGUUCGGUGCGUGCAGGUGCAUCGAGACUUGACGGGACCACAGAAGACGACAUGGGACCUGGUUUUUCUUCAUGUCCGCUGGAUCUAUCGCGCUCGCGGCGCGUUGGCGGUGCGCUGCGCUUUGAUCUCCGGGGGCUUUUCUUUGAUCUGCAGCGCGCUGCGGGUGGGAGUUAAUUGGGCCCAAUGAUGUGGAGCCGAAUCCACCUGGAUCUCCUGCUCCCUCCGGUGGGGGCGGAACUGGCUCCCCGGUGACUUCUGCGCAUGUUCAAUUGUUUUUAUUCACAGAGCCCCCCCCAACCACACACACACACACAUGUCUUAUUGCGUUGGAUAAUCUCAUCUAUAUUUAAAAAGGAUUUGUGUAUGAAUGUGAUUCAGUUAUGGAACAUCCAACUUGUGGCAGACUUUCAACGCGCCUCAUCUUCGGGACUAAAUAGUCCCGGACGUGGUUUCCCUCAGUGGAACAGGACUUAGUGUACUUCCUGCCGGUCUCCACCAUGUCCAGAUCCAACAGUGUCAGCCCACCCGGAGUCGGUGCGCCCGGGCUGAGGGGAGGGACCGAGCACAGAUCCGCUUGGGGAGAGUCUGAGUCCGUGGCCAACGGGUGCCCAUACUCGGCCAGACCCCCGCGCAAGAAGCUCACCCGGACCAGCAGUCGCUGGAGGGAGGAUGACCAGGAGCACCGGCAGCCCGGGACAGCCACCACGACCGUCAGCAGGGUCAGCUUCAGGUCCCGGUCGGCUUGGCAGGACCAUGGCGAGGAGAGCCGAGACAAGACCCGCGCGUCCCCGACACGUCCUGACGGCGAGGUGCGACCCAAGUCCGUGGAGCUAGGUCUGGAGGAGCGCAGGUCCAAGCCCCGGGGCGACGCGGAGGAGGAGGCCAUGCCCGAAGUGCACUUCUCUCUCGCGGCGUGCUGCUCCGGCGUCAUGCACGUUUUCAAAUCCAAGAAAUUCCAGUCGGAGAAGUUGGAGCGGCUCUACCAGCGCUACUUCUUCCGCCUGAACCAGAGCAGCCUGACCAUGCUCAUGGCGGUGCUGGUGCUGGUCUUCACCGUCAUGCUGAGCUUCCACUGCUGCGGCGGCGGCCCGGAGACGCCGAGCGUCCCGUACGCGGUGGUGUUCUCCGUGGCCAUCUUCCUCACGCUCGUCCUCAUGGUCGUGUGCAACCGGAACGGGUUCCACCAGGACCACAUGUGGAUCGUGUGCUACGUGCUCAUCCUGCUGGUGCUGGUGGUCCAGGUGGUCGGGGUGCUGCUCGUGCAGCCCAGGAGCGCCUCGGAGGGCAUCUGGUGGACCGUGUUCUUCAUCCAUGUGGUCUACACGCUGCUGCCCGUCAGGAUGCGCGCCGCGGUCGUCACUGGACUUCUCCUCUCCGCGGUGCACGUGGCCGUCUCGUGGGUGUUGAACGAAAUGGACAGCUUUCUGUGGAAACAGAUCGUGUCCAACGUGCUGAUCUUCUCCUGCACCAACAUCGUGGGGGUGUGCACCCAUUACCCCGCGGAGGGUUCCCAGAGGGAGGCCUUCCAGGAGACCAGGGAGUGCAUCCAGGCCCGCCUCCACUCCCAGAGAGAGAACCAGCAGCAGGAACGUCUUCUGCUCUCGGUGCUUCCCCGCCACGUUGCCAUGGAGAUGAAGGCCGACAUAAACGCCAAGCAGGAGGACAUGAUGUUUCACAAGAUCUACAUCCAGAAGCACGACAACGUCAGCAUCUUGUUUGCAGACAUCAAAGGUUUCACCAGUCUGGCGUCACAGUGCACAGCACAGGAGCUCGUGAUGACGCUCAUGAACCUUCGCAUCCGCUUCGACAAGCUGGCAGCGGAGAACCACUGUCUGCGGAUCAAGAUCCUGGGAGACUGCUACUACUGCGUGUCUGGGCUGCCAGAGGCCAGAGCCGACCACGCCCAUGCUGCGUGGAGGAUGGGGAUGGACAUGAUAGAGGCCAUCUCGCUGGUCCGGGAGGUGACGGGCGUGAACGUGAACAUGCGCGUUGGCAUCCACAGCGGCCGGGUGCACUGGGGCGUGCUGGGACUCAGGAAGUGGCAGUUUGACGUGUGGUCCAACGACGUCACGCUGGCCAACCAGAUGGAGGCCGGGGGCCAGGCGGGGCGCAUCCACAUCACCAAGGCAACGCUGAACUACCUGAACGGGGACUACGAUGUGGAGGACGGCGCCGGGGGGGAGAGGAACGCCUACCUGGAGAAGCACAACAUAGAGACCUACCUCAUCGUGGGCUGCAGUCAGAAGAGGAAAGAGGAGAAGGCCUUGAUCGCCAAGAUGAACCGGCAGAGGACCAACUCGGUGACGCACAACAGCGGCCACUGGACGGACCGGCCCUUCUACAACCACCUGGGGGGCAACCAGGUGUCCAAGGAGAUGAAGAGGAUGGGAUUUGAAGACCCCAAAGACAAACAUUUUAACUUCAGGAACACUCAAGAGAAUCUGAACCCGGAGGACGAGGUGGACGAGUUCCUGGGCCGCGCCAUCGAUGCCCGAAGUAUCGACCGCCUGCGCUCUGAACACGUGAAGAAGUUCCUGCUCACCUUCAGAGAGCCCGACCUGGAGAAGAAGUACUCCAAACAGGUGGACUCCAGGUUCGGGGCCUACGUGGCGUGCGCUUCCCUCGUCUUCCUCUUCAUCUGCUGCAUCCAGCUCGUCAUCGUUCCAACCUCCGGCGUGAUGAUCGGCUUCUUCACUUCCUGUCUCGUGGUCUUGACGGCCGUCAUGUUCGUCUCCACGGUCUACUGCUGUUAUGGGCUCUUCCCCCCCCCUCUGCAGAGCCUCUCCAGGAGGAUCGUCCAGUCCAGGAUGAACAGCACCCUGGUGGGCGUCUUCACCAUCGUCCUCGUCUUUCUCUCCGCGUUCAUCAACAUUUUCACCUGCUGCAGCCUGGACCUGCGGAGCUGCAUCGAGGUGGAGCUGAACGUGAGCCGGGCCACCGCCUGCCACGCCCGCCUCCUAAACUACAGCCUGGACUCGCCGCUCGGCCCCUGUGGAGACGACGCCCUCACCUGCAGCUUACCUGAGUACUUCUCGUCCUGUGUGCUCCUGAGCCUGCUGGCCUGCUCCGUGUUCCUGCAGAUCAGCAGCACGGGGAAACUCUUCCUCAUGCUCUUCAUCGAGCUGCUCUACCUGCUCGUCAUGGAGGUCCCCUCAGUGCACCUAUUCGACAACCAGGACCUGCUGGUGACGGCCACCGCCAUCGGCGAGCACAAGAACAUGACAAGCUGUGACGUGGACACUAAGGUUCCUCUGAAGAUCAUAACCCCGGUGGUCAUCACGGUCUUCGUUCUCGCCCUCUACCUUCACGCCCAGCAGGUGGAGUCCACGGCCAGACUCGACUUCCUCUGGAAGCUGCAGGCCACGGAGGAGAAGGAGGAGAUGGAGGAGCUGCAGGCCUACAACCGCCGCCUGCUCCACAACAUCCUGCCCAAAGACGUGGCCGCCCACUUCCUGCAGCGCGAGCGCCGCAACGACGAGCUCUACUACCAGUCCUGUGAGUGCGUGGCGGUCAUGUUCGCCAGCAUCAGCAACUUCUCCGAGUUCUACGUGGAGCUGGAGGCCAACAACGAGGGCGUGGAGUGUCUGCGGCUGCUCAACGAGAUCAUCGCCGACUUCGACGAGAUCAUCAGUGAGGACCAGUUCCGCCAGCUGGAGAAGAUCAAGACCAUCGGCUCCACCUACAUGGCGGCCUCCGGCCUCAACGACUCCACCUACGACAAGGCCGGCCGCUCGCACAUCCGCGCCCUGGCGGACUACGCCAUGAGGAUGAUGGACCAGAUGAAGUACAUCAACGAGCACUCCUUCAACAACUUCAAGAUGAAGAUAGGUCUCAACAUCGGCCCCGUGGUCGCCGGAGUCAUCGGCGCCAGGAAGCCUCAGUACGACAUCUGGGGCAACACGGUGAACGUGGCGAGCCGCAUGGACAGCACCGGGGUGCCGGAGAGGAUCCAGGUGACCGCCGACAUGUACCAGGUGCUGAGCUCCUACAACUACAGCCUGGAGUACCGAGGUCUGGUCACCGUGAAGGGCAAAGGAGAGAUGAUGACCUACUUCCUCACCAGUGGACCCCCGAGCAGUUAACCUCACCUCCCUGAGAGAUGGACUCACGGGGGGGGGGGCGGGGCCUGAGACGGACUUCUCGUAUGAGGAGACUCCUCCCACAGCUCGGGCUGGGGGGCGGGGCCUGAGACCAAUGACGUCCAAUGGGACGUGCAGACAGACGCCGUUGAGUCUCAGUCCCGACAGGAAGGAAGUGACAUUAUCUUGGAUCUGAUUUGAGGGUUCAAGGGGACAAGGAGACAAGGAGACUCUAACCCUUCCUCUCUGCAGCGAAACACGUGUUUAUGAUUUAAUGAGCUUAUGUCAACGCACACUCUGUCCAUGUUGUCGUGGUAACGGUUAUGCAUCUCUGAAGUUAGCCAGCGGGACUCUCCGUCCUCGUGACGGCAAUCAACAGACUGAGGGGACGAGGGGACGAGGGGACGAGGAGACGAGGGGACGAGGAGACGAGGGGACGAGGAGACGAGGAGACGAGGGGACGAGGGGACGAGGGGACGAGGGGACGAGGAGGCGAGGAGACGAGGAGGCGAGGGGACGAGGGGACGAGGGGACGAGGAGGCGAGGAGACGAGGAGGCGAGGGGACGAGGGGACGAGGAGACGAGGAGACGAGGAGACGAGGGGACAAGGAGACGUCCCUCAGAGACAAGUUCAUUUUGUACGAGCGGUUUGGUCAGCGUACAAACACACAAACACACAAACACACAAACACACAAACACACAACACACAGAGGAGGAUGUCAAAGAAGAGCUUUUUAUAAUCUUCGACAUUUUGUAUUUUAACACCAAACCCCGUCAGAUAUUUUCAGAUUCUAUAUUUUGUACAUUAAUAUAUUAGCGCUCUAUAAACACCGACGUGUAUUCAGAUGUGCGUACUGUAUCACUCAUGAUGGGAUGGUCUUAGCGUAGCGUCACGGCUAAUGUACCGCUUAGCAGCCCCCCCCAUCAGAUGGUACGACCCAAUGAAUGUCCGGCGCUCUCCGAGAGGCCUUCGUGAACUCUACCGGCUCUUCAGGUGGAAAUGUUUCCUUCAUGCUGUUUGUGUUCUCUUGUUGUUGUUGGUAAACACUACAGCUGGUUCUGUUUGUCUGAGUCACAGGAAACAGGAAGUCAGUAAAUUAAUAUAGAAUAUUGGAGCUAAAUGGAGAGCGUGAUUUAGAUUUUUAUUGCUGUCAACAAACUCUUAUGAGAAAAACAAAAUCAUCAAAGUUUUGACUAUUUGUUUAAACUUUAAGUAAAAGCUACUCAAACUGCUUUUAUUUCUUAAUACACAUAAAGUGCCAUAAUUACAGACUUUUUACGCCAUUUAAAUCUAAUUUAAUAGAAAAACCAAAAACUCUAAAA